GGCCUUCCCAUAGUCCCUUGUUUGCUGUUCUUGCUGCCGCGGCGCGAGCCUAGAGAAUCUGAUUCAUUUGUUUCUCUUGUUGUUGCAGAGACGGAGCUCGUGUACCGCGACGCCUACAACGGGCUCAGCGUGCUGGACGCGGCCAGCCUCAACUCUAGAGUAAUAAUGACUAACUCCACUUUUAGACAACUCAAUGCGGUUGAUUUUAAAGUGUCCAGGGACCUAAAAUUUGUCUUGCUCAUUUCUGAAAAGAAACAGGUAUUCGAUUAUUCGUAUGAGGCCAAGUACACCGUCUUCGAGGUGGCUUCUCAGAGCCGCUACCCGCUGCGCGUCAACGAGACCGACGAGCCGAACGGUGGUGGCCACCGCCAUUUGCAGCUGGCCGAGUGGGGGCCGACGGGCAGCCAGCUGAUCCUGGUGCAGGACAACGACAUCUACUACAAGGCCAACGGGUCGGCGCAGAGCCGCGUGGUGCGGCUGACGAGCUCCGGCAAGCAGGGCGUCGUAUUCAAUGGCAUCCCGGACUGGCUGUACGAGGUGGAAAUCCUCCAGAGUAACCGGGCCAUUUGGAUCUCGCCCGACGCCAAGUACCUGCUCUUCGCCUCGUUCAACGACACGCGCGUCGGGGAGCUCAAGUACCCUUGGUACGGCGGGCUGCAGGAUGGCCUCAAGUACCCCAAGAUACGGACGCUGAGGUACCCCAAGGCCGGCACCCCCAACCCCGAGGUAGCCCUCAGGCUCCUGGCCCUGGACAGCGCCGGCUCCGCGGGGCCGCAGGCGCCCGUGGAACUCAAGCCUCCGCCGUGCAUCACCAGCGCGGCGUCCGACUACUACUUUACCGCUGUCACGUGGAUCUCGAAUCAGUCCUUCUCCGUGGUCUGGAUGAACCGGGGGCAGAAUCUGUCGUGCAUCUCCGUGUGCAGGUGGUCUUCCGCCUGGAACUGCGACGACGUGUACGAGGACCGCUCCCACAUGUGGGUGGACGUGUACCAGGCGCCCGUGUUCUCGGCCGACGGCUCGUGGCUCGUGGCGCGCCUCCCAGUCAACGACGGCGACCAGGGCUCGUACCGGCAGGUGGUGCAGGUGGCCGUCGGCCAGCCCGGCACGGUGGCGGUGCAGCCGCUCACGCACGGGCCCAUGCACGUCACCAGGCUCGUGGCGUGGGACCAGGAGAACCACCUGGUGUACUUCGAGGCGGCCCCCGCGCACGCCCCGGACCAGCGCCACCUCUACCGGGUCGCCGACGUCCUGGGCCUCCCUGCCGGGGACGCAGCCGCCGCGUCCGCCCCGACCACCGCCGGCUCGGCGGACAGGUCCUUCGGCCCCAGCUGGCUGUGCCUCACCUGCCCUCCGCGGCCGCCGCCCGCCCCCGUCCUGGACGAGGCCGGCAAGGUGGUGGACGACGGCGAGCUGCCGCUGCCCGGCGCCACCACCCCCACCCCCGUCAGCCUCAACGCCACCAACGAGACGGUCUGGGACUGGCAGUGGGGCAACCCUACCUCUGCCUCGUGCCUCUUCAGCAACGCCCUGUUCCCGCCCGGGUCGAGACACCGCUUCUACGUUCUCGAGUGUCUCGGUCCUGAAGUCCCCGAUGCCAUCCUGGUUGACGCGGCGACCAACCUGCCGCUGCUCAACUUGCAGCACAAUUCUCGCCUCCGAGAGCUGUACAAAAAGCGCGCGCGCCCGCAGAUCAAGACUUUCCAGGUGCAAAUCGACCACGAGUACCACGCCCAAGUGCGCCUGUUCCUGCCGCCCGGCCUGAGGGACUACGAGGAGGUGGCCUUCCCGCUCGUGCUCCACGUGGACGCCGCCCCGGGCUCGCAGCUCGUGUCGCAGCGCUGGGCCGUCGACUACUCGGCCUACCUGGCCUCCAACCGCAACUACAUCGUGGCGGAGAUCGACGGCCGGGGGUCGGGCUUCCAGAGCGACCGCUUCCUGUACGAGCCCUACAUGCGCCUCGGCACGGUGGAGCUGGAGGACCAGAUCGCAGUCAUUAAGUACCUCAGCGAGAACCUCAAGUUCGUCGACCGCGACCGGGUGGGCGUGUGGGGUCGUGGCUACGGCGGCUUCUCCACCGCCAUGAUCCUCAGCCAGGACCAGGGGGUGUUCGCCUGCGGCAUUGCCGUCGCACCCAUCACCAGCUGGGCUCACUACGACACGGUGUUCGCGGAGCGCUAUCUGCGCACCCCCAACGUCACGGACAACUACCGGGGCUACGAGGACGCGGACGUGAGCAAGAAGGCCGGCAACCUGCGCGACAAGCGCUUCCUGCUGGUGCACGGCACGGCCGACCUCCGCGCGCACUUCGUGCAGUCCAUGCUUCUGGUCCGGGCCCUGGCCAAGGAGGGCGCCCUCUUCCAGCAUCAGGUGAGGCGUGACUUCUCUCGGUCGUCUUGUCACUCAUUCCAUCACCCACUCAACAUCGCUCAAAUCGCUGAGUAUCAUUCAAAAUCGCUGAAUAUCACUUAAAAUCGCUCAGUAUCACUCAAUAUCGCUCAGUAUC